AUGGACUACAGCAUGGAGGACACCCAGAACUCCGCUCCCGGAAGCGUUCCAGCAGCCAAGAUUGCUGGCGCCAGGAAGGGACCUGAUGCCCAGAGCGUCACCAAGAGAUUGCAGACGGAAUUGAUGCAGCUAAUGACUUCUCCCGCUCCCGGCGUCUCAGCAUUCCCUUCGGCAGACGGCAACCUCAUGUCGUGGACGGCGACGAUUGAGGGACCCGAACAGACUCCCUACGCUGGCCUGACGCUCAAGCUCAGCUUGUCGUUCCCCAACAACUACCCCUACGCUGCGCCAACGGUGCUCUUCACGACGCCUAUCUACCACCCUAACUUCGACUUCUCUGGCCGCAUCUGCUUGGAUAUCCUCAAGGACAAGUGGACACCCGCCUAUAACAUUCAAACUGUACUCCUCAGUUUGCAGAGUCUGCUGGGCGAGCCAAACAACGCUUCUCCUCUCAACGGCGAGGCCGCAGAGUUGUGGGACAAGGACCCCGAAGAGUUCAAGCGUAAGGUCCUCGCUCGUCACCGCGAUGUUGAGGACGAGUGA